UAUAGUAGGGAAUAGUCACCAUGCUAUAUCUUAUUUUAAAUCAUGCCGUCAUGCAUUCAAAAAGAUUGGUUUUAAAAGUAGACUUAGCAACCGCAACACACAACUCGUCUCGUUCGAAUUUGUUGACCGGUGGAAAGGCUUUCCUUGUUAAACAGGUCCUGGAAAGAAAAGAAAUGUCAGAACUAUUGACUGCAUCCGAAAAAGGAGAAAGAGAAGUCGUAGACUCGCUUUUGAAAGCUGGAGCAAACGUAAAUGUCGUAAAUAAGAAGGGAUGGACUUCUUUAAUGCUAGCUGCUCAAAAUGGACAUUUGGAAAUAAUACGUAUGCUUGUAGCGCAUGGAGCCAGAGUAAACCAAGCCACACAUAAUGGUUUGACUGCUCUGAUGCUUGUUUCUAAAAACGAAAAGAAUGAUGGUCUAGAAACAAUUAUGCCAUCUAGCGGCAACGUUACUGCUGCUGAUAAAAAUGGAAAUACAUCAGUGAAGUUGGCAACAACGCAACAUGAAAUUGCACCAGCAGACAGAUUGCUGACAAUCAAUGAGCUACUACAAAAUGGGGCUAACAUAGAUGCAGUAGAUAUGAACGGCUACACAGCGUUAAUGUAUGCGAUCCUAAUGCACACGUCUGAAAUAGUUAGCACACUUUUAAAGAAUGGGGGUAAUGUCAAUAUUUACGACAAGCAAGGAAAAACUUCUCUAAUGAUUGCCACAGAUGAAGGAGAUAUCAUGACAGUUAAAGCUCUUCUAAAACGAGGAGCUAAAGUAAAUAUUGAUGAUAAAAAUGGUUUCACUGCAUUAAUGAUCGCUUGUCAAAAGGGACAUGAAGAUAUAGUUAAUAUACUUUUAAAUCACGGAGCUAAAAGCUGUUAUCAAUCUUAUCCUGGUGGCCGGACAGCUUUGAUGCUUGCAUCCGGAAAUGGAAAGACUGAAAUAGUUGAACUGUUGGUCAGAUCACAGGCCGGAUUAAAUGCAAUAGAAAAGAACAAAUGGACAGCACUCUUGCAUGCAAGUCGGAAUGGUCACAAUAAAAUUGUUGAAAUUCUUAUUAAGUCAGGAGGAGACAUUAAUACUGUUGAUAAAAAGGGUUGGACAGCCUUGAUGUUAGCGUCAUAUUAUGGACACCUGGAUACAAUUAACACACUUCUUACAUACAACGCUGAUGUAAAUAAAAAGCAAUGCGAUGAUUGGACUGCAUUGAUGUUUGCAGUCCAAAAUGGAAGAACUGAAAUAGUAAAAAGACUUCUUCGAUCUGGUGCAGAUGUCAAUAUUACAGAAAGAGACGGUUGGACAGCACUAAUGAUAGCAGCAGAAUACGGACAAUCUGAGAUCGUUGAAACGCUCAUCCAAGCAUCUGCGACAUCUGUCAAUUUACUUGUAAAUAAAUCAAAUAAAAAAGGCUGGACAGCGCUAAUGAUUGCAGCACAACACGGGCAUGUCAGUACUGUUACAUCACUUAUAAAGUUAGGAGCCAAUGUGAACCAUGCAGACAAAAAAGGAUGGACAGCUCUGAUGGUCGCGUCUCAGAAUGGACAUAUUGAGACGGUUAUGUCACUUGUAAGAUCAGAAGCAAGAAUUAAUGAAAAAAACAAGGAAGGUUUGUCAGCAUUAGCGAUUGCGUCAAAAAAAGGGCAUACUGAUACCAUUGAAUACCUUGACGGACACGGAGCACUGCUAAACGAAGUUGAAAAUGAUCAGCUUAUAGCAAUAGCAAAGUCCUUUAAAAAGGUUAUUUUAGACAUUGCAGUUCAGUAUUUUGAUGAAGUAGCUAAAGGUUUAACUGUACAGGUAUCCAUAAAUCCAACCUUUAAUGUGAACAAAGUAGACACAAUUAUCUUGAAUCAAGACCAUAGACGACAUAAAUAGUCUAUGAUCAAGAGCAAGUCACAGAGUGCCAAUGACAGAAGCAUAUUUCGUAUAUCAACUCAAAAGUUGGCAGCGUCAAUUUUCAUCAGCUGCAUUACUUUUGUUGUAUUACUACAAGCUUUUGUUUACAUGUACACUCAAAUCAAUUAUAGAUAUAAGUAUUGUAAAACACGUUAAUUUGGCUGUUAUAUGUGUUGUUGAACAAUUUAUAUACAUAUUUUGAUUUCAGUGUAGCCUAGAUGUAGAAACACAUUUUGAACAGUUUCAACAUGAUAAUGCAACUCAUUUUAAAUCUAGUAUAAACACACCUCUUUCUGUCUCUCAGUCUCCGACUUCAACUCUUCCUCUGGACUUCACCAGUCGUUCUCCCCUGUUUAUAACGUAAUGCUGGUUGCAUCAGAAUCUAUUUAGCCCAUUCGAACUCGCCCAGACGAGCCCAUAACAAUAGGUGCAAAUAUGCCUACUAGAAACUGUUGACGGCUGGAGUUGCCACCAGACCCCCACGAGCACAAAAGAGGACAUAACCUUACAAAGGAGGACAACUUAAAGAACUGGACUACUAAGGUUGUAAAACUACUUUAUUAAUAAUCAUAUUUCACAGAAGAAGUGAGGUGCGGUGGCUGAGUGCUAAAGCGCUUGGCUUUUGAACCAAGAUGUAAGGGAGUCGCUCCAAAUCUAGGAAAAUCAAUCUAUUCUUUCAUAGAAAAGUAAUGAUCCUUAGUUUUCACGGUUAAAAUAAUGUAAAAUCAUUUCUCUGAUUAUGUAAAGAAUGGGCUAUUAAAUCACAGAAUUACUCUGUAAUAUAAAGCCAUUUCCUUUUAGUUUCCGUGAAUAGGACAACAUAGGCCAACUACCCAUACAUCGACAAUCCUAGAUCUAGAUUAUACAUAUUUCAAGCCUGUUGUUUUAAAUCAUUUUUAUAUUGUACAUUAAAAUAAUAAGAUCUAGAUCUGUUUGGAAUUAGCCUAAUUAUGAGACGAGUGCGCUCCCCUUUUACUCCAAUUACUCUGACUAAACUUUACAAAGACAGAGUCACAGAGGGAUUACUUUCUUUAGGCUAGUCUCAAACUUAUUCAAAAGUUAUUUUAAAAGGUCUUUCAUAAAUAAAAGAUCUCUAUAUAUUAGGCCUAACUUCAAUAUGAUAUUAUUUUAUAGUUAAUAAUGCUUACAGAUCUAUAGAAUAAGAGUGUAUGCUAGAGAUUGUAGUUGAUGUUUAUAAUUGUAUAUUAAUUAAUAAUAUUAUUAUUCUGCAUCUAUUCUCCUAUGGUCCUUCUCCCCUGGCCUGGUGCCAUUAGAGAUAGGAAUGGAUUGCCUGAAUCACCAGGAAAACCAAUGACUUAUCAGAGUUUAAGUCACUGACUAACUAGUUUGACAGAUGAAAUGCGUAAUUAUCUACUUUAUUGAAGUAACGUCUGUACUUUAUAAGAUAAGAAGAUAAGAUCUAUUAUAUUUAUAUUCAGGCUAAAAGCAUCAUACAUACUAUACUGAUGCAAUACAAAUAAUAAACACAAAUAACCAAUGAAAAUAGACAGGCCUAAUAGGUAAUGUAGGCCUAUUAAUGUAAGUACAGACAUUUGUUUGUCCUUGUAUACAAAUUACAAGAGAAUAUUUAAACAUUUUAAUGAAAUAAUUUAUAACAAUAUUUCAUUUCUUGAGAAAGCAGUUUAAAGAUUUCAUAUUACAUUGUUGUGAUUGCUUAUUGUAGAGUGCCUGAAUCAUUAACAACAAUAUUCUUAGAGAGGAAUAUGGUAAUUAAGUGUGUAUAAAUGAAAUGAAAAUUUGUAUUCAAAAUGUAUGUAUAUGUAUGUUUGUAUUAUAUUUAUUGUAUGAUUGAUAUCAUUGCUUAUAAUUGCACAUCAUUGAGUUAUUUUAGUUAUUAUAUAUUUGUGUGGUAAUUUUUGUGUGUCUUUUAUAUAUAGUUCGUCCAUCGUGGUUCGAUGAUGACCACUUUUGUCAUCCAGGGGCUGAGGUCUUUAGAUAUAAGUUGUGUUAUGUCGCUAUAUAGAUACAGAUAAGUUGUGUUGUGUCGCUAAGCGUCGACAAAGCCCAUAAGAGUCCCUAAAGGUUACGUCAUACAAAUAGAGAAGGGGCUUUUAGAUUAUUACCAAGAAAUAUAGGCCUAGGCUAUUAUCUAAUAAUGUUAUUAUUGUCUACUGUCUAAUCUUGGAUAUUCAUACGCGAAAUCCUGACUCGAACGUAUAUGUAACAGUCUAUGCUCUAUGCACUUGCUACAAAGAAAAGAUUUUUUUUUUGUUAUGUCCUUGUGGCCUACUUAAUUAUGCGUGACGUAAAUGGCGCAAUAUUUCUUACUCGAUCGCAACCAUUCAAGCAUGACUUUUUUCCUCCUCGAUAACUGACAGGACUAUUUGCUGUAAAAUCCAUAGGCAUACUACUAUUAGGUCUAUAUAGGCCUAGUAAAGCGAUUCAGUGGGAUUUGAUUCUUAUAAGCUUUCUAGAGCUCUUCUUUGAUGUAAUAUCCAAAUGAUAUCAAAACAAAGCAGUUUAGUAGUCAAUAUGUUCUCAUAUGGAUGGCUGCCUGGUCGUGCGGUUUGCGCGCUGGACUGUCGUUCAGAUUUAUCGAUGGUCCAGGGUUCAAACCCUGCCCGCUCCCAUCCCCUGUCGUCCUGCAGGAGGCUUGGACUAGGAAGUAAUUAUCUUCAACUCUGAAGGAACAUCCAAAACAUGUAAAACAUUUUACAAAACAUUUUACAUUGUGUUUGCUUUAAAUGUAUUUUCUGUUGACUCUUGCCGAUUUUAUCCCUCAAGUCACAGUUGAGCUGGGUUUUUUUUUUUUUUUUGUAGGCCUAAUAAUAGCUAGGUUGAGACGCCGCUUCAGCUACUUUAUUACAUCGAUGCCGUAAGCAGUCCUUAGCUACACCUUUCAGACUCUGCAAUCUACGGGAACAGAUGAUGUAUAUAAUGUACAGAUGAUGUAUCUAAAGCUCAUCUGUUUCACAGGCAGUCCGCAUUUGGCGUCCGAAAUGAGGGGUCACCGGUUCGAAUCCUGGCUAAGACUGGGAUUUUAAUUUCGGUAUCUUUAGGGCGCCUCUAAGUCCCCCCCCCCUCCCCAGUUCUAAUGGGUACCUGACAUAAGUUGGGGUGAAGUAAAGGCGGUUGGUCGUUGUGGUGGCUACAUGACACCUUAACCGUGGGCCACAGAAACAGAUGACCCCUACAUCAUCUACCAUAAGGUCAGAAAGGGGAACUUUACUAAACUUUAAUUAUACAAGAUUCAGGUAAGUUAGGUCUGUUGCAGCGUUGUCCACUUUCUCAGUUUUUUAGCGGCCCCCUGAAAGGGGAAAAGACGCUAUUAUUUUUGUGUGGUUUGUCUGUCCGUCCGUUCGUCCCGUUUAGAUCUCGUAAACUAGAAAAGAUAGUGAAAAUUCGACAUCAUAAUAUUUUAGACCAUUCAAAGUUCUGAUGUAACGGCUACUAACCCUAACCCUUUCUUAAACUGAAAUUUUUAAUUUUUAAAAUCAACUAGGCCUAUGCAAUGGCUACUUUUUUCUUUUCUUAAACUGAAAAUUUUAAUUUUUAAAAUCAACUAUGCAAGCAGUUUUUUUUAAUUAAAAUUACACCAUUUUUACAACUAUUCACCAUUAAUAGUAACACACACUAGAUGCUAUUUAGUAAGGGAGAUGCUAUUUACCAUAUUUUGAACACAUUUAUGCUAAAAAAAAUUACAAUUGUAUUGUUAAGUUAUAUACACUCCGUCAUACUAAUUAAUACAUUUUUAAAAAAUGUUUACUUUUAUUCUUGAAGAGAAAAAAUCGAUUUCGUAUAGGCCUACAUAUAAUUGGAACAUAAUUUAAAACAACAAUUAAUAAGUCGUUUUUCAUAUUAUCGCAUGAACUGCGAUGAUGCAUCGCGAACCAGAAAUACAGAACCAAAGGAAGAAUUAUUUUUUUUUUAUUUUUUGUCUUGAAUAAGAGAUUGACCCUUACAUAACAAUUAGAUCAAUUAGAUAAUCAUUAUAUGACAUCAGUAAGGCCAGGUUGUUAUCGAACUUCUCCUUCACUUUCACCUAUUCCUUGGUCUGCUGGACCGUAUUGGCACCACACUUUCUCCAUUCUUUUCUGUCGUUUGCCUUUGAUAGAAUUUCAUUCUGAUAUUCUUUCUGAAAAAAAGUGAAACUUGCCUGGGUGGACCACUUCGGGGGGGGGGGGGGGCGAUUUUAAGUUUGUGUGGAGAACACAAACUGUCUUCGUAACCUUGUUUUUUUUUUUUUUUUUAAUUUUGUUUGUUAUAGAAAGAUUUUAAAAAUCCUUUAGUCUCACUUUCGGUCAGCUGUCGUCAUCGAGAAGUACAUAGAAGUUCAAAUUCAUAAAGAGCUGGUUGUGAAUGUGUAUGUGUUUCGUGUGUAAAUGUUGUUCGAAUUUUUCAUCUAUACUGUUAUUGUACAGUAGUUACGCUAUAUGUUGUCAAUUGUAGUCAAACUGAAUUUCCAUUUGAUUGGAUCAGUAAAAUUAUCUUAUCUUAUCUUAUAGGUAUACAAGAUUGUUUUUUUUUUCAUUGUUAAAUUAAAUUAUAUAAUCUAUUUGUGUGUGUGUGUGUGUGUCAGUGUGUAAAGUUAAAUGUUAUUGUAAUUGGGCUAUACAGCAAUAUCAGCCUAAUAUGUUCUAUCUUUGGUUUCUUAUAGUUAUAAUGUUUUUUGUUUGGUGUAAUGCACAAAUUGUAAGACAAAUUUCCUUGCGGAUAAUAAAGAUUAUUAUUAUUAUUAUUAUUAUUAUUAUUAUCCUCUAUCAAUGUCUAGAUCUGUCCGUCUUUCUCUUGGUGGACCACUUCGGGGGCUGAUUUUACGUUUGUGUGUCCACACACACUGACAGUCACAUUGUCACUGUCUUUGUAAACCUUGUUGUUUUUUUUUAUAGCAAUAUCAGAGAAAGUGGGGGAUAGAGAUAACUUUAUAGCGUACUUUAAAUAACUAGAACCUUAUUGUUAGCUAUGUGUAUGUGAACAAUCUAAGACAAUAAAUAUGUUUACAAUAAACAGA